AACUCAACUUAAAAAAAAGGGAAGGGGCAAAAGCAAACUCCACUUGAGAAAGUAGAGUGAAAAAAAAGCAUCGUCGGACAUUAUUCCACCAAAGCUUUCCUCUUUAACUUAAUCCGCUGUCUGUUUCUGUAGCUACCCCCAUCCCUCAUUGCUCUCCCACCCUCUGUCUCUCAAUAAUGUCACUACUCCUAAUCAUCAAUCUCUCUAUCAUAUUCACUCUAUCAUCAAAAGCAACCUCCCACUACUCUUCCUCCUCCUCCUCGUUUCCCCCAUUGCAAUCGUCCUCGCCUCCCGAGUGGAGAUCGGCGCGCGCCACCUACUACGCGGCGGCGGACCCCAGGGACGCGGUGGGAGGGGCAUGUGGGUACGGAGACCUGGUGAAGGCUGGUUACGGUAUGGCCACCGUGGGCUUGAGCGAGGUGCUGUUCGAGCGGGGACAGAUCUGCGGCGCGUGCUUCGAGCUGAAGUGCGUGGACGACCUCCGCUGGUGCAUUCCGGGCACCUCCAUCAUAGUCACGGCGACCAACUUCUGCGCACCCAAUUACGGGUUCACCCCGGACGGCGGGGGCCGCUGCAACGCUCCCAAUAAGCACUUCGUCCUCCCUAUCGAGGCCUUCGAGAAGAUCGCUAUCUGGAAGGCCGGUAACAUGCCCGUUCUGUACCGUAGGAUCAAGUGCAGAAAGGAAGGCGGAAUUCGAUUUAUGAUCGAUGGUUCAAAUAUCUUCAUCUCAGUGCUAAUCACAAAUGUUGCUGGUGCUGGGGAUGUAGCUGCGGUGAAGAUAAAGGGUUCAAGAACUGGUUGGCUUCCGAUGGGGAGGAAUUGGGGCCAAAAUUGGCACAUAAAUGCUGAUUUAAAGAAUCAACCUCUUUCAUUCGAGGUCACUAAUAGCGAUGGCGUGACGGUUACAUGUUACAAUGUUGCUCCCAAGGACUGGAACUUUGGCCAAACAUUUGAAGGCAAGCAAUUUGUGUCUUAAAACUUGAAAGUCCUUGCAUAGUUUUCCUUUUUUCUUCCGUAAUCAGGGAGGGUAAAGUUGUGUGGAAUGGGGUUUAUUUUUUGAGGGGAUGGUAGUCAGUUUAUUGCAAAUGAUGUUGUGCUUGUGAAGAUAUGUACGUUGUUUGCUGAAAUCUAUAAGAAAACAGAUCUAAGUCUUUCCGUUUUUGAAAUAUAAA